GAUCUGCUGUCGCAGCCCUGUCGCGCCGUUUAUAUCUUCGCCAAGAAGAACAAUAUCCCGUUCCAGAUGCAUACGGUGGAGCUGCGCAAGGGUGGGCAGGGCCACGGCUUUGGGAAUCUGAGAAACAGGGGGAGGCAAGGCGAACUUAGGGAAUCUCUCCCUGUACUCUCCCCUUCCCAGGCCUUUUCUGGUUUAGAGACCACAAUAGAAAGAUUCCAGAGAGAACCAGGGUUCAGGACUCCCGCCAACUCUGCUGUCCCGUGGAAUAGACUCCGGCCAGAACCUGCUGAAACCGAAUAGCGUGCAGACCUAGCAACAGAAACCCGCACGCAGUUUGGGCCUAACUACAGGGACCUCCAGAAGAGUAGUGGGUGUGGGGCAUAGCUAGGAGAACAAAUGUGGAGAUCUGGGCAGUCACUCCUCGGAUCGUUUCCCCCAGUGCUGAGAUGGGCAGUGCUACACAGAGCCAUCCCUGCAAGUACCUUGCCUUUGCAACAGGUUCCUCUCCGCCAUCCUGGUCUGUUGGAAUUCCUUUUUGUCGUUCCUUUUCUUGACUUUCUGUUUUCCCUUUCUUCGGUGCUCCCUGCCUCCCUUUGUGCUGCGGAGAGAAGCUGCUGCGUGGGGGGUAUGCCAGGAACCUGGAGCCUCCUCCCUGCUGGCCUCUGAGGGCUCCCUGCGCUCUGGCAAUACAGGCUUGUAGCAAAAUGAAAGCGUUGCAUAAUGGGCUGUGGCUAUCUCCAUACUGUCUCACUGCUUGCCGGGCUCUGAAACCUCACGUAUUUCUUCACGGUCACCUCUAGGUGAACACCUUAGCGAUGCGUUUGCCCGGGUGAACCCCAUGAAGAGGGUGCCAGCCAUGACGGAUGGGGGCUUCACCUUGUGUGAGAGUGUGGCGAUCCUGCUCUACCUGGCACAUAAGUAUAAGGUUGCUGACCACUGGUACCCCCAAGAUCUGCAAGCCCGUGCUCGUGUGGACGAGUACCUGGCAUGGCAGCAUACGGGCCUUCGGAGAAGCUGCCUCAGGGCCCUGUGGCAUAAGGUGAUGUUCCCUGUUUUCCUUGGUGAACAAAUACCUCCUGAGAUGCUGGCAGCCACGUUGGCAGAACUGGAUGUUAACCUACAGGUGCUUGAAGACAAGUUCCUUCAGGACAAAGACUUCCUUGUUGGGCCCCACAUCUCCCUGGCCGACUUGGUGGCCAUCACAGAGCUGAUGCAUCCUGUAGGUGGUGGCUGCCCUGUCUUUGAAGGGCAUCCCAGGCUGGCUGCAUGGUACCAGCGAGUGGAGGCAGCUGUGGGGAAGGACCUCUUCCGGGAAGCCCAUGAAGUCAUUCUGAAGGUGAAGGACUGUCCCCCUGCUGACCUCAUCAUAAAGCAGAAGCUGAAGCCCAGAGUGCUGGCCAUGAUCCAGUGACGUCACACACUUCAUCCCUGCACCAGCUGUGGCAAUUUCCAACUCGCUUACACUACACUGGUGAUGUACCCCACCCAUCACACCACGAUGGCUCUCAGACUCAGCUCCAUCUUCACCCCUUUUCCGUGAUAGCCACACAUGACCUCAACAAGAAUCACUACUUUCCCCUUGAGUCUGGGUAAUAAACCGUGGCUUGAUUUGGGCUUUAA